AUGGCUGAUUCUCUUCACCCCUCAACGGUUUCCUGUCCUCUCCACAUCUUUGGUAUCACCGUCGAUUUCAGCAAGUCGAAAAUCAACGUAGUGUCUGCUGAAGCACGGAUCAGCAAGUUGAAUUCGCCACAUGGACUCGAACGCGAAGCAGGAAAGAGUCUGCGACGGACGUUUUCUCCACAUAUGGUGCUGUCUCGCGAGGAUUCAUUUUCCUUGCAUCUGCGGUAUAGGAAAGGUCUUAGAACCAAGCAUGAAGACAUUAUUUUCGACACAGAUGACAUGAUCCGCGCAUAUAAUGCAAGCGAAAGACAAGAAUACAUCAAGUUUCAUAAAAACAUCAAUAUUGUCGUUGACCUUUCCGGAAAUACAACAACAAAAGUUGAUCAGUCCGUCUCUUCCGGUCAAAGUCUUGAGCUACGGUCUACCACUUCCGAAAUAUUUCAGAGCUAUCCUCGGUUCCGAAUUUUGGUGAUAGGAAAGACUGGCGUCGGAAAGUCGUCACUGAUCAAUCACGUGUUUGGAGUGGAAAAAACGAUCGCUUCGCACGAUAAACCAGGCGAGGUUAGCAUCGACGAUGAGUUCAGCUCACCUCAAAACAAGAGGUUUGUUUUGCACGACAGCAAAGGUUUUGAGCCGGGAGACGAAAAGAACCUCAAAAUAGUCCAAGAUUUCAUUGAACGUCGGAAGGAAAUGACUCCCGAAAAUCAGUUGCAUGCUGUUUGGAUUUGCUUCGAGAUACCUCGUGCAGACGGACGUUUGCUAGAGACAGGAACGGAUGAAUUCCUGACGUUAAAAAGUAGUGGAAAGCUAGGAAACGUUCCCGUUAUCGUCGUUUUUACCAAGUACGAUAUGCUCAUCGAUCGCGUGGAGCGAACUCUAGAUGAAAGCUCUCUCGAUGGAUUAAGCGACCAAGCUGUCAAGGAACUUAUCAAGAACAAAGCAGAAGCGGAGCUGCAGGAUAUCUGCAUUCGACCUCUAGAAAAAUUUGCGGGGGAGGGUGAUGUACGAUUUCCCCACGCUACUAUCUCUACAGAAGAAGUGUAUAAGGAGACGCUCACCCACCUGAUCCAAAUAACUGAAAAAUGUGUCGGUCUGCAUUCUGCGCCCGAGGCCGCGGUGAUAACCUCCAUCGCUCAGCGAGUUCAUCCUGGACUCAAAGUAAAAGCAUCGAUCGAGGUUGGCAAGAAAAAAUAUUGGAAGGCACUUGCAUCAAGCACAACGUUCAAGAACCACAAGACAUGGGAUUGUCUGUAUGUGCUUCACACUGACAUCGUCAAUGUAUGGAACUUCUAUGACCCACAUCAUUACUUGCGCAGCCAAGAGUUCAGGGAAUUGACAACGAACAUAGUCGAUAAGCUAGAAGUUGGACCCACACCUAAUCCCACCCAGACCAUGGCUUUUGGGUUAUCCAUGGUCGGCACUAUCGCAGGCAUCGUGACUGCCCUGGCGGGACCUGCGGCUCCCAUCGUAGUACCAAUCGCAGUAGGCGCCGUACUCGCUGUAUGGGUUCACGAUGUAUACAAGAUAUCCCGCGCAGUGCUUCAACGCUUCAUGGCGUACAUAAUCCACUUAACGCUGGUGUUGCAAACAUUAUAUCUGGUAUCAGAAGGCAAGGAAAUCACUCGUAGGGCCAUCAAACUCUCCAUCGCUUCCUACCUCGCCUCCCCAAUGAGCGGAGAAGUUGUUGCUCGGAUUCAGGAGUACGAUAGGCAGUUGUCCAUCCUGGAACGCACAGAUCGCGACAUCUUGGAUAAAAUCAUUGAGGUGAUGCAAUUUUACAGCAUCGAUGCGGCACACAUGUCCGACCUUCGGGGAAAGCUCUCCGUAGAUUUGACAUCGGACGAACCAUGGUGAAUCGAGAGGUCGUAGCACUCGAUUGUUAUUUUCGCUGAUGGUUUUGUGCAUGGGCGGUGUCUGACGCGAUUUUAAAUGGUACUAACUUGUACUAUAUCACUUGGAUUCAUGGCCAGCCAUAACACUGUAGGGUAUGAUAUACUGUGUUCUAUUAAUGACAUGUACUUGCUGCUAUAUUUGAUUCGAGCCCUCUCAAUGUGCCAAAGUGCUGUAUCAAUACAUAAACACCGGGCCUCAUGC